AUGACCCCAGCCGGAGGAAGAAGGUCCAAGAUCAGACCUCCAAGAAAGUCCUUGAUAAGCUCGUCGCACUCAGACGCCAACUCGACCGACCCUACUAUUGAUUUCGACAAGAAUUGGGCGAUUCUCCAAAAUGCCAUCUCGCAAAUCCAGAACAAGAAUGUUUCCAACUUGUCCUACGAGCAGCUAUAUCGCAAGGCCUACGUUUUGGUGAUUAGGAAGUUUGGCGAGAAGUUGUAUGGAAAAGUGUCGGAGGCGGUCACGGAGCAUUUGCUCCUGGAACGCCAGAAACUACUUGCCCUUUCCACCAACGCCGAGGGUUUUAUCCAGGCUCUCACACGACAAUGGGAUGAGCAUUUGCAAAGUAUGAAGUUCAUCGAGGACGUGCUCAUGUACUUGAACCGGGUCUACGUCAAGGAGCAGAAACGGCUCGAGAUUAGCGACUUGGGUGUGCACUUGUUCAAGGAAAACAUCAUCAUGUACAACAACAACGAAAUCGGCUCCUUGAUGGACCUGAUCAUAUUGGACGAGAUAAGGAAAAGCAGGAAUGGCGUGGUGGUCACGUCGAACAUCUACACUGCCAAAGUCAUUGGCAUGAUGGAGCAGUUGACCGAACACGGCACCAGCGCCGACAUCCAAUACGGAGAGAGUUACUACCAGACAAUCUUUGAGCCGUUGUAUUUGUCGAGUUCCGACCUCUAUUUCCAAGAGCUAUCAAAGAGCUUUCUUGCGCUGAACCUGGGCUCAAAGUACUUGCAGUCGGUGACUCGUUUCAUCAAGGACGAGGAGAUUCGGUUGAAAAACUUGCCCGUGGCGACACAUGCAAAGUUGACGAGUCUCAUGGAUAACAUCCUCAUAAAGGAUAAGGUGGACAGUAUAAUCCAAUCUCCAGUUGAGGGGUUGGACCAUUGGUUCAAGCCCGUGUUGUCCAACGCCAUGCGCGAUGGUGGACACGACAACUACCAUUUUCAGGAUUUGAAAUUGCUCUUCAAUUUGGUCGGUAGAAUCGACGACGAGUAUCAGAUAUUGAGAUCACGACUAAAGGACACCAUUAUAUCUCAAGGCAAUAUGAUCCCCGAGUUGAUCAAAAACUCGUUGGAGUCGUCGGAGAAAAAGCCGUCGUCUAUGAACGCGGCGUCAUUCGCGACAAAGUGGAUCGACUACGUCUUGAAGUACAAGAGUCAAAUGAUGGAGGUGUGGAAGCAGAGUUUUGACCAAGACUUGCUGGUUGAGCAGACUUUGACACUCGCGAUGAGAGACUUUAUCAACAACAACAACAGUAAAAGAGGAAAUGUUGUGAAUGCGCCUGAGCUAUUGUCCGUGUAUAUGGACUACAAUAUCAAGCAAAUCGGGAAAGGAUCGGUGACCGCGGGAGUCUCUGGCCAAGCCGGUGACGAAUUGAACAACUUGAUUGAGGAUUCGUUGCAGAUUCUCAAGUUUGUUAAGGAUAAAGAUGCUUUUGAAGCGUAUUACGCCAACCACUUUGCCAGAAGGUUCUUGAACUCCAAGACCCGCGGCGCGAGCCAGUCUAAAGGUUUGGACAUUGAAGAAAUGGUGUUGUCGAAAUUGUGCGAGGAAAUGGGCAACACCUCCUUAGACAAGGUCAUAAAGAUGAGCAAGGAUAUCAAGAUCUCCACUGAUACCACCAAGGCAUGGAAGAAGCACUUGUCCAAACCAAACGGGUCCACCGCUGAAAACUUGAUUGAUUUAGACUUGAAAAUAUGCAACGUGACAGUUUGGCCCAACGCCUUGACUAAGGACUACAAGAACUUUGAAAGCGGAGGAUCCGAGUUUGUAUGGCCGAGACAGCUCCGAGAAACAAUUCGCGAGUUUGAAGAGUUUUGGUCCGCUGGAAAGAAGAACGACAACAAGUCGCUCCACUGGUCACCCAAGUUUGGCUCAGUCGAUAUGCGAAUCUCGUACCCUUCGCGCACAUACGAUAUCAACUUGUCGGUGUUUGCCGCGAUCAUCAUGCUCUUGUUUGCGCCGAGCUUGCCCUUGGAGGGAGACGAGGAGGUGCUGGCGUUUCUGGAAAAGAAGCAGUUUUCGUGCAAGGAGAUCCAGCAGCUCACGGGGAUCCCCGAGCAAGAGUUGAAGCGACAUCUACAAUCGAUCGCGGUGGCGCCGAAACUGCGCUUGUUGGUGAAGCUGCCGAUGUCGAAAGACGUGAAUGAACACGACACGUUCCGAUUGAAUGAGAAGUUCAAAUCCCCAAGUACAAAAGUCAAAGUGUUGACCGUAUCGAUGGCGUCGUCGUCCUCAUCGUCCUCAUCGUCCUCAUCAACGUCUGCAUUGGCCGCGAAAAGAAAAGACGAAGAGGCGGACGAAGUCAACUCCCACAUUGUCGAAGGUAGAAAGAUUGAAUUGAACGCUGCCAUUGUCCGAAUCCUCAAGUCGCGCCGCACGGUGAGCCACAAUGAGUUGAUCGAGGGCGUGAUUCGGCAGUUGACUAAUCGGUUCCAACCGUCAAUUGUGCUGAUCAAGCAACGCAUCGAAGACUUGAUUGAGAAGGAGUAUUUGGAAAGAGACGCGGAGGAUAGAAAUUUAUAUCAUUAUAUAGCGUGA